AUGAUUCCCCUUCACACGAGUGUCGAUCAACCAAUUGAAACCAUACAAAAUCCACUACCGAAGCUUCUUCAAACCCCAUCUGGACUCGCACUGCUAGAGCUUCAAGGAACGAUAAAUCUUCCAGAACCGGACAUUGAGGAUGAUGACCCCAUGAACAUUUCAAAUUCUUCAGAACAAAGUUUCCAGACUCCGAUUGGUCGCCUGAUCUUCCCCGAAUAUGACCCAGCAAAUUCAGACAAUACUAAGUGGAUGAAGCGUGUCUAUCUCUACGUGGGCAAGCACCAAAGACUCACGGGAGAGGUCAAAAAGCUUCCAAGGGCUUACGCUGUUAUUAGGAAGAGGGAUCGUGAGAUAUCAUCACAGACGAAUGGUGAUGUCUUAAUGCAAGGGUCCGAGUCAGAAGUUGGGGAUGAAUUGGAAAUCGUUGAAAUCGUGAAAUGGAAGAUUUUAUUUUCAACAAGACCAGAACCAGUAGGAGCUAUGGUCACUGAUACCACUUGA